GUUAAAAUAGACUUCGACUUGUAUGUAUUUUAAAACAAUGAUUUAAAGGAAAAUGGGCGCACCCGUUGAUUUGAGACGUCCUUUGGAAUAGUGAUUGGUUGGAAGUUUGAGGCGCUAUUGGCUAAACAUCAGCCACAGCUAUUGGUUCUUUUCAGCAGAAGAGGCAUGACUCAGUUGUUAAUUUGCAUAAGACUUUCUAUAUAGCUUUGAGGUAUCGAGGAGGAGCGUUACAGUUGUUUAGUAUACGAUAGACUAAAUAUGCCUGAGCCAGCGAAGUCUGCACCCAAGAAGGGAUCCAAGAAAGCCGUUACCAAGACGGCAGGGAAAGGAGGAAAGAAGCGCAGAAAGACUAGGAAGGAGAGCUAUGCCAUCUACGUGUACAAGGUCCUGAAGCAGGUCCACCCCGAUACCGGUAUCUCCUCUAAGGCGAUGGGCAUCAUGAACUCGUUCGUGAACGACAUCUUCGAGCGCAUCGCUGGAGAGGCUUCCCGCUUGGCUCACUACAACAAGAGGUCCACCAUCACCUCCAGGGAGAUCCAGACCGCAGUACGUCUGCUUCUGCCCGGUGAACUGGCCAAGCACGCCGUGUCCGAGGGAACCAAGGCUGUCACCAAGUACACCAGCUCCAAGUAAAGCCCAGUGUUUUGUUGUUCCAAAGGCUCUUUUAAGAGCCACCCAAACGUUCACUGAAAAGUUAUUCCCGCCAGCCAUGGCUACUUUAUCAAUCGUUACUGAUUCAUAAAUUCGCAGACAAAUUGGUAACUGGUAACUUGAGCGUAUUACUUUGUGGUUAUCUAAUAUAG